AUGGAAGCUGGAAACAGUCAUGAAAUCCGCGACACACCAUUUCCGACAGCAGCCUUCCAUUCAAGUGCCCGGAUGAACGGAAAUCGACAGAAGCGAACCGAUGCCAAUGCGCGAAUGACGGUCAGUGAACGUGAAAAUCUUCCCUAUCUCCGGGGCCUUAAGCUUGCACACCCAAUUACAUCAGAAGCAGACUUGGAGAUUAACAUUUUGAUCGGUGCCGACCAUUACUGGGAUAUUGUUGGUGAUGAAAUCAUCAGAGGCGACGGCCCAACUGCAGUUGGAUCUCGUCUUGGUUUCUUAUUUUGUCGACAAACAACCGGAAGUGCCAGUCUCAAUGAUUGUUUAAUGUCAACGCCACCGGAACUCAAUGAUCUCACACUGCUACUGAUGAAGUUUCGAGUAGGCAAGUACGGUGUUGUCUCUGACAUAGAGAAGGCAUUCCUCAACGUUAUGCUACAUGAAGAUGAUCGUGAUGUCACAAGAUUCCUUUGGCUGUCGGACCCUACAGACCCAUGCCGUCCACUGACGACAUACCGUUUCCGAGCUGUUUUAUUCGGAGCAACGUGUUCCCCAUUUAUUCUAACCGCAACAAUUUUGAAGCACUUGACCCUGAACAAAGACAACACAGCGGCGAGCACAAUCAGCAAUGACCUAUACGUCGACAGCGUCGUUUCAAGUUUCACAUCAGAGACUGAUGUACUGAAGUACUUCCGCCACGCACGUGAUUUGAUGGCAUCCGGCGGCUUUAACCUGAGAUCAUGGACGUCAAAUUUAAGCGCACUGAGGACUAUGGCAGAAGCUGAAGGUGUCGUAGAAAGGGAUGCUGUGAUAAAGGUGUUAGGUUUGCUAUGGGAACCGGAAAUAGACCAGAUGUCAUUUGUCAUGCGCUCCAUAAAUUCCAAGGAAAAGGGUACUAAGCGUGGAAUUUUUCAGCAGACGUCGAAGAUUUAUGUCCCGCUAGGCAUGUUAGCCCCAGUCACCAUUCGUGCAAAGUUGCUGAUUCAGGACCUAUGGAAGCGGAAGUAUGUGUGGGACACACCAAUUCCGGAACGUGAACAAAACGUCUGGCUACACAUCGCAGAAGACUUAAAUGAAGCUAUGACGACAUCGUUCCCGAGACAGUAUUUUCCGGACAACCCAUCGAACAUGGUCGAUGAAGAUUACGUGUGA